GGCCUGGGUCACGGUGACCCCGCCCCGGGGAGAUAAGGCCCUUGUGUGCCUUGGCAGUGCCCCAGGGACAAGCCGGGAUACAAAUGCCCCCUCGGCGCCCAGCCCGCAGACCCUGAGUCCGGCCACGGCCGCCAUGCAGCUGCCGCUCGGUGCCCUGCUCUGCCUGCUGCUGGCCCCGGGGGCCGUGCUGGGGGGCCAGGCCGAGGUGCCCGCCUCCCGGCCCUACAACCAGGUCACCCUGGUGCCCAACGGGGCCCCGCGGGGGGCGUGGGGCCCCGUGGAGUUGUGCCCCGAGGGCAGCUACGCCAACGGCUUCGCCUUGAAGGUGCACCCCUACCAGGGCGACGCGCCAGGGGAGGACGACACGGGGCUGAACGGGAUCCGUCUGCACUGCUCCGACGGCACCACCGUCCAGUCCAGCGUGGGAGCCUGGGGCAGGUGGCUGGGCACCCGGUACUGCCCCCGGGGCUACCUUCGGGCCUUCUCGCUGGGGGUGCAGCCGCGGCAGGACGCCGGGGACGACGUGGCUGCCACCGGCCUGCGCGUGGCCUGCUCCGAUGGGGAGCUGCUGGCCGGGGACGUCGGGGACGCCGGGGGCCAGGAGGGGCCCUGGAGCCACCCCUGCCUCUCCGGCUCCGUCUGCGGCCUCCAGACCCGGGUGGAGGAGCCCCAGGGCCAGCGGGGGGACAACACGGCCCUCAAUGACGCCCGCUUCUUCUGCUGCCCCCCCUAGGGCCCCCCCGGGGGCGUCCGGUCAUUAAACCUGCCUUGCAGCCUCUUUCCAGCUGCC